CCUUCCCAUAUGUUACAAAUCAAGUCUAUAGCAUUAUUCUCUCUCUUCCACUUGUCUCUCUUCCUUUUCUCAAACUAUAUCUCUUCACACCUCUAUUCUUCCCUUCCUUCCCAUCAACUUUAUCAUCCAAUUAAAACACAGGAAGGGAUAUACAAACCUCAUCUCAUCUCAUAUAUAUAGGGUCAGAAGAUACAGAGAUCAGAAAAGAGAGAGAGAGAGAGAGAGAGAGAGAGAGAGAGAGAUGAGUGGCGGUGAUGAUAUCGUGGAGAUGGCUGUAAGCAGCCUAGGCAAAGGGUUUGAUUUAACCUCAGAUUUCCGGCUCAAGUACUGCAAAGGCAAACAAAGACUGGUUUUGCUCAACGACGCCGAUAAAAAAGAACUCGCAGUUCCUGGCUUCGGGUCCAUCCAACAAGUCUCCACCGAUAUUAAAUGUGACAAAGGCGAUCGUACACGUUACCAAUCCGAUAUCUUCACAUUCAAUCAGAUGUCGCAAUAUUUCAACCAAAAGGCCAGUGUGCCUGGGAAAAUCCCAUCAGGGUUGUUCAAUGCCAUGUUUGGUUUCGAAAGUGGUUCGUGGGCAGCGGAUGCAGCCAACGUCAAACACUUGGCUCUGGAUGGUUACUUCAUCAUCUUCUUCAAUGUUCAUAUCGAUAGGUACCCUCUUGUUCUUGCCGAUCAAGUUCGUCAUUCUGUUCCGUCCACUUGGGAUCCCCCUGCCCUUGCAAGGUUCAUAGAGAAGUAUGGGACUCACAUCGUGGUGGGAUUGAGUAUUGGGGGCGAGGAUGUGGUGUUAGUAAAGCAAGAUAAAUCUUCUAACAUGGAGCCAUCUGACCUCAAAAAUCACUUGAACGAGCUUGGAGAUCAGCACUUUACAGGGACAUGCAAUUUCUCCCCAUUACACUCCAAAGCAAAAGACCAAAGACACAAGGCACCACCGGCCUUCAAUGUCUUUCAUCAUGAUCCCAAAUCUGUGGCCCUUAAUGGCUUCUCCACCGCAAACACAAAAGAUGGUAUUAGCGUGAUAGGCUAUAAAAGAGGAGGAGAUCCCUUGGCCAGUAGCCACUGCGAGUGGCUUCAAACCGUUGGAUCGAUGCCGGAUGCGAUUCAAUUUAGCUUCAUUCCCAUCACGUCUCUACUUAAGGGUGUGCCCGGCAAAGGUUUCUUAUCCCAUGCCAUCAACCUCUAUCUUCGAUACAAGCCUCCUAUAGCUGAUUUGCAGUACUUUCUUGAUUUUCAAGCCCACAAACUUUGGGCUCCUGUUCUCAAUGACCUGGCUCUAGGUCCUGCCACAAAUAGGGCCACGCGGGCGCCUGCUCUUCACUUCAGCUUGAUGGGUCCUAAACUAUAUGUAAACACUGCACAGGUUAGAGUUGGAAAUAGGCCUGUCACAGGGAUGCGCUUGUAUCUCGAGGGCAGGAAAUGCAACAGGCUAGCUGUGCACCUCCAACAUCUAUCAAACACUCCAUUUAUGUUGCAGCAGAACAAGAUAGAUCCUGAUCAGCCACCAACAUGGCGAGGAUCAGAUGACAUCGGGGACCACCGCUACUUCGAAGCAAUAAACUGGAAAAGAUUUUCCCAUGUCUGCACGGUGCCAGUAAAAUACGACCCCAAAUGGACGUCCCCCAACAAAACUGCGGCCUUCGUAGUCUCCGGAGCUCAACUUGUCGUGAAGCAACAUGAGACAAAGAGUGUUCUCCAUCUCCGGCUUUUGUUCACCAAAGUCUCAGAUUGUUUUCUCGUCCAAUCAAACUGGACAGAGAGCCCCUCUCAACUUUCUCAAAAGUCAACCUCGUCUGGCCUCUUCAGUGCAAUAAGCACAUCAAUUCCGGGCAAUAAUUGGGUGAGGGAGAAAGUGCAGCCUGAUGACGAUCAAGUGAUUGUGGACUCAAGUGUGUUUCCUACGGGGCCUCCGGUGCCAUUGCAGUUACAGAAGUUUGUGAAAUAUGUGGACAUGUCACAUCUGUGUAGGGGCCCACAGGAUAGUCCUGGGUAUUGGUUGGUCACUGGAGCGAAGUUGAACUUGGUGAAGGGCAAGAUUAGUUUGCAAGUCAAGUUUUCUUUGCUCAACAUGUCUUCUCCAGCAAUUUCUCCUACUCUUCGAGACCUCAUGUACAAUAUUAAUGUCGGGGAAGCCUAAUUAUUUUCAUUCUUUAGUAGCUUAUGUCGGAGACAAGACUCAAAAGAAGAGAGCGUCAAAGUUGGUCGCCACUCUAAAUGUGCAGAGUACUUAGGGAGAGUUUUAUAUCAGGAUUCGGGAGGAGGUAGUAUUUUUAAGUAUAUUCAGAUCAAUCAGAUUCUAUCAUUCUUCAAUUAUUCCACAUCAAAAUGUUACAUGGAGGCUAGAAUGAGGGGUUCUUAAUAGCCGUUUGAUUCAAUGUAAAGUUAUUAUUAAACUGUCGGAUUGAAAACCCUCUUAUUGUAACCCCUCAUUUUACGACUCCAUCAUAGAAGCUCCCCAAAAUGUUAUGGG